GCGGCAGCGCGCCCCUGCUGAGGGCCCGGGUGGACGACACCCACCGCAGAUACGAGCACCUGCUGCAGCUGCUGGACUCGGCCUGCGAGAAGUGGGUGCCAGGCGGGCAGGGGGAGGAGCCAGGCGAGGGGCCGAUGGCAACCCCACCUGUGACCCGGCCCUAGGGUGGACGCUGCCAACCGCCUGGAGGAGAGCCUGCGGCAGGCCCGGGAGGUGCUGGCUGCCUACGAGAACCAGCUGGCCCAGGAGGACACCGUGCCCGACAGCAGCCACGCCCUGGACAGCAAGAGGCAGGGGCUGGCGGCCAUGGCCUCCCAGCUGCAGGCCCGGCAGGCCCUCGUGGGCGAGGCGGAGAAGAACCUGCAGGUGGCCAAGCAGUGCUGCGGCCUGCUGGCCAGCCGCUUCCAGGAGCACUGCCCCGACCUGGAGCGCCAGGAGGCCGAGGUGCACAAGCUGGGCCAGCGCUUCGACAGCCUGGGCCAGCAGGUGGAGUGCAGGGCCCGGAGCCUGCAGAGCGCGCAGGCCGCCUACGCCGAAUACCGGCGCGGCUGUGACCAGGCGCUCCGCUUCCUGUCCGGCGUCCCCAGCUACGCGCCGCAGGAGACAGACAGCCUCAGCCAGAUGGAGACCAAGCUGAGGAACCAGAAGAACCUGCUCGAUGAAAUAGCGAGGAGGGAGCAGGAGGUACAGAAGGUCUACGCUGCCUCCCAGCAGUACCAGCAGGCUGUCAAGGACUACGAGUUAGAAGCUGAGAAGCUAAGGUCUCUCCUGGACCUGGAGAGUGGAAGGACCAGCCACGUGAGCAAGAGAGCCAGGCUGCAGUCCCCCGCCGCCAAGGUGAAGGAGGAGGAAGUGGCUCUUGCUGCCAAGUUCACCGAAGUCAAUGCCAUCAACAGACAGAGGCUGCAGAAUCUGGAGUUCGCGCUGAAUCUCCUGAGACAGCAGUCGGAGGUGGGCGUGACCCAUGAGACCCUGCAAGGGAGCGGGCCGGGCUCCGGAGUGGAGGAGACCUGGAGGAUCCAGAAGGAGCUGGACGAGGAGACCGAGCGGAGGCAGCAGCUGGAGAGCGAGGUCCAGAGCGCCCAGGAGGAGGUCCAGGCGCUGCAGAGCCAGAGCCCGCAGGAGUCAGUGGUGAAGAAGGAGGUGCUGAAGAAGGUGCCGGACCCCGAGCUGGAGGAGAGCUUCCGGCAGAUGCAGCGCAGCCUGGCGGAGGAGCAGCACAAGAACCAGCUGCUGCAGGAGGAGCUGGAGGCGCUGCAGCGGCGGCUGGGCGCCCUGGAGCAGGAGAGCGGGGCCGGGGGCCAGGAGUACGUGGUCAAGGAGGUCCUGCGCAUCGAGCCCGACAGGGCCCAGGCAGGCCAGGUCCUGAGGCUGCGGGAGGAGCUGGAGGCGCUGCGGCGGCAGAAGGGCACCCGGGAGGCGGAGGCCGCGCUCCUGCAGCAGCGCAUCGCGGCGCUGGCCGAGGAGAAGAGCCGGGCGCAGGAGAAGGUCACGGAGAAGGAGGUGGUGAAGCUCCAGAACGACCCGCAGCUGGAGGCGGAGUACCGGCAGCUGCAGGAGGACCAGCGGCGGGAGGGCGGCCUACGGGAGAAGCGCGAGGAGGAGCUGAGCUUCCUGCAGGGCGAGCUCGAGAGGCUGGAGAAGGCCCGGGCCAUGGCCGAGGGCAAGGUCACCGUCAAGGAGGUGCUCAGGGUGGAGCGAGACCCCGCCGCCGGGCGGGAGGUGGGCGAGCUGCAGCUCCUCCACGAGGCCGAGGCCGCCAAGGUGCGCGCCCACCAGCGGGAGAAGGCCGAGCUGCUGCGCAAGAUCCGGGCCCUGGAGGAGGAAAACGCCAGGGUGGUGGUGCAGGAGAAGGUGCGGGAGAUCGUCCGGCCCGACCCCACGGCCGAGAGCGAGGUGGCCGACCUCCGCCUGGAGCUGGUGGAGCAGGAGCGCAAGUUCCGGGGCGCCGAGGAGCAGCUCAGGAGCUACCAGAGCGAACUGGAGGCGCUUCGGCGGCGGGGUCCCCAGGUGGAAGUCAAAGAGGUGACCAAGGAAGUCAUCAAGUACAAGACCGACCCCGAGCUGGAGGAGGAGCUGCAGCGGCUGAGGGAGGAGAUCGUGGACAAGACCAGGCUCAUCGAGAGGUGCGACCUGGAAGUCUACCAGCUCAAGCAGGAGAUCCAGUCCCUGAAGGACACCCAGCCCCAGGUGCAGACCAAGGAGGUGGUCCAGGAGAUCCUCCAGCUCCAGGAAGACCCCCAAACCCAAGCGGAGGUAGAGUCUCUGCGGGCCAGGCUGUCGGAGGAGCAGAAGAAGCAGGUCGACCUGGACAGGGAGCGGCUCUCCCAGGAGGAGAAGAUCAGGGCCAAGGAGGCGGAGCUCUCCCAGGUGAAGGAGACGGUGGUCCGGCAGGAGGUGGUCAGGUUCGAGGAGGAGCCGGGCCUGCGCGCCGAGGUGGACGCCUUCACCGAGAGCAUCGACGUGGAGCUCCGGCAGAUCGACACGCUGCGCGGGGAGCUGCGGCGGCUGCAGCGCCGGCGGGCCGAGCUGGAGGGGCAGCUGGAGGAGCUGGAGCGCGAGCGCCGUGCGCGCAGCGAGGCCGAGCUGGAGGUGCAGCACCUGAAGCGGCGGCUGGCCGACCUGGAGGAGGAGGAGGCGCAGGCCCGGGAGAGGGUGACCCUCAAGCAGAAGGUGGUGCUGCAGCAGGACCCCCAGCAGGCCCGGGAGCACGGCCUGCUCAAGCUGCAGCUGGACGAGGAGCGGCUCCGGCGGCAGGCGCUGGAGGGCGAGCUCGAGGCCCUGCGGCAGCAGCUGGGCCGCCUGGAGAAGCUGGAGGUCAAGGAGAAGGUGGUCGUCUCCGAAAGCGUCCAGGUGGAGAAAGGCGACACGGAGCAGGAGAUCCGGGAGCUCAAGAGCAGCCUGGAGGAGGAGAGCCGGGGCAAGAGGGAGCUGGACGCCGAGGUGAGCCGGCUGGAAGCCAAGCUGUCGGAGCUGGAGUUCUCCAACUCCAAGUCGUCCAAGGAGCUGGACUUCCUGCGGGAGGAGAACCACAGACUCCAGCUGGAGCGGCAGGACCUGCAGCUGGAGGCCCGAAGGCUCCAGUCGGAGAUCGAGCUGGCAGCAACGGAAACCCGGGACCUGCAGACCGCGACGGCGGCGGGCUCCGGGGCGAGCCUCGACUCCAGACUGCGGUCCCUGGAGAGGGAGCUCGACGACCUCAAGCGGCUCUCCAGGGACAAAGACCUGGAGAUCGACGAGCUGCAGAAGCGCCUGGGCUCCGUGGCGGUCAAGAGGGAGCAGAGGGAGAACCACCUGCGGCGCUCCAUCGUGGUCAUCGACCCCGACACGGGCCGCGAGCUGUCCCCCGAGGAGGCCCGCCAGGCCGGGCUCAUCGACUGGAACAUGUUCGUGAAGCUCAGGAGCCAGGAGUGCGACUGGGAGGAGAUCUCGGUGAAAGGGCCCAGCGGGGAGUCGUCCGUGAUCCACGACAGGACGUCCGGCCGGAAGUUCUCCAUCGAAGAGGCGCUGCAGAGCGGGAGGCUGACCGCCGCACAGUACGAGCGCUAUGUCAACAAGGACAUGUCCAUUCAGGAGCUGGCUGUGCUGGUGUCUGGCCAGAAGUAGCACGCCCUUCUCCGCCUGUCUUCGCGGCAGCUGGGGGCAGGCGCGCUCCCACCCGCUCCCCUCCCGGCAG